AUAAAUAACAGAGCAAUGCCUUCUGGAGUUAAAAGCGGUACGACAGUUUCCAGUUCCUCCCGGCAGAUCACGAAGGCCGAGCGCUGUCCCGAAAGACAACAAACCCUCGCAUUUCGCUUGCGGAACUCCAGGAGAGACGACCUAUCUGAAACGUCGCCAGCGCCCUUCAAGAUGACUUCCACAGGCCAGGCAAUUGACACGGACUCCAUGACGUUGACGCGGUUCACGUUGGGGGAGCAGAAGAGAGUGCCUCAUGCCACCGGCGAUCUGACACAGCUCUUGGUUAGCAUUCAAACUGCUGUCAAGGCCAUCUCCUCGGCUGUCAGGAAGGCCGGCAUUGCCAAGCUGUAUGGCAUGGCAGGAGACGUGAACGUUCAAGGAGAGGAGGUGAAGAAGCUGGAUGUGCUGGCCAAUGACCUUUUCAUCAACAUGCUGUCGUCGUCUUACACAACCUGCUUACUUGUGUCGGAAGAAAACAAAACUGUUAUUGAGGUAGAACAGGAGCGACAAGGAAAGUAUGUGGUGUGUUUUGAUCCACUCGAUGGUUCUUCCAAUAUUGAUUGCCUCGUCUCCAUAGGAUCUAUUUUCAGCAUUUAUAGAAAGAGCACUGAAGGAGUUCCAACUGUAUCAGAUGCCUUACAGCCUGGUAACCAAAUAGUUGCAGCAGGGUAUGCCUUGUAUGGGUCAGCUACUAUGAUGGUCAUAUCGACUGGCAAUGGAGUUAAUGGCUUUAUGUUGGAUCCGAGUAUUGGAGAGUUUGUGUUGACUGACCCCAACAUGAGAGUGAAGGAAAAGGGCAAAAUCUACAGUCUUAAUGAAGGUUAUGCCAACCUCUGGGAUCCAGCAGUAUCUGAAUAUGUGCAUGGAAAGAAGGCCAAAAAAGCUGGUGCACGUUACAUUGGAUCUAUGGUUGCUGAUGUCCAUCGUACACUAAAGUAUGGGGGUAUUUUCAUGUACCCUGCCACCUCUGAUGCUCCUAAGGGCAAGCUUCGUUUACUGUAUGAAUGUAACCCUAUGGCAUUCCUAAUGGAACAGGCUGGAGGUCAGGCAACAACUGGAAAGAUGCGCAUCCUUGACAUCGUCCCAUCUGAUAUUCAUCAGCGCACUCCCAUUUUCCUUGGAUCAACUGAUGAUGUACAAGAAAUCAUUGACUUGUACAAAAAGCAUAAUCUGUAGAACCCAAUUUCAAUAAUCUGUGUGAAAUAAUCCCCCUGAAAUGGUACAGGACCUACUGUGUUGCAUCUGAGAAGAAUUAUCAUAUGUUACAUAAUGAAUAAAUACAUUUAUAACAAGAAAUUC